UGCCAGGCAAUGCACUUUUUAGACGGUCCCUUACUGACUCUAUUACUAUAACGCGCGGAUGACCUGCGUUUCCGAAAGAUUCGCUUCCGCGGUCAAUUUUCCGGGGAAAAUAAAAAAAUAGAUACAAUUGUACUUUGUUCUCUGUCCACUCCAGAAAGCUCCUACUUCCGCAAGACCUGUUCCCAUAGUAACACUUCACAAACUCAAGCAUGGUGCUCAUUAGUGAGGGUCUCAUCCGCCGUCGUGCUGAGCACAACAACUGUGAGAUCUUUUCUCUGGAGGAGAUUUCACUACAUCAGCAGGACAUUGAACGGAUAGAGUACAUUGACAAGUGGUGCCGAGACUUGAAAAUCCUCUAUUUGCAAAACAACCUAAUUUCCAAGAUAGAAAAUGUGGGCAGACUGAAGAAGUUGGAAUAUCUGAAUCUGGCACUGAAUAACAUUGAACUGAUUGAAAAUUUGGAAGGUUGUGAAUAUCUUCAGAAGCUUGACCUGACUGUGAACUUUGUUGGUCGGUUGAGCAGCGUGGAGUCUCUGAAACAGAAUAUGCACCUCCGGGAGCUCUUUCUUGUGGGGAAUCCCUGCACUGAGUUCAAGGGUUACAGGCAGUAUGUGCUGGCCUGCUUGCCUCAACUUCAGUGGUUAGAUGGCACAGCGAUAGGGCGAGCAGAACGGAUACAGGCACUGCAAAACUUUGAUGAGUUGAAGAAGUGUGUCAUAGAACAAGAGGCUGAAUAUGUGGAAAGGAGAGAGAAACAGAAGAGGGAGGGGCUAGCAGAAACCUCAAGCAUCAACCCACAGGAUUUAGAUCACAAGCAUCUCCGGAGAAACUACUCUCAGAUAACCAAGGAGAACAUGAACCAAGACCCAAAUCUUGAGUGUCAUCGAAAUCAGAAUUCAAACUCAGAGAAUGAGGAGAAUUUUUGGGAAAAGCCAUGUGCCUUCACUCCAGAGUCAAGACUGGAUGCACAUCGUCAUCUAGAGGAGAAGAGGAGAGCAAAAGAGAGAGUGAGAGAACCAAAGAGGAAGGAUAAACCUCCCAGAACUCUGAUCACGUCUGAGGGAAGAGUGCUGAACGUGAAUGAGCCAAAGUUGGACUUUACUCUAAGUGAAAAUGAAGAAAAGAACUGUGUGCUUCUGGAUCUGCAUAUAUACAGGCAUUUAGACACCUCCUUGCUGGAUGUGGAUGUUCAGACUACAUAUGUGAGGGUGACUGUCAAAGGAAAGUUUUUACAGGUGUUCCAGUUGGUUUUGCCUGCUGAGGUUAAACCAGACAGCAGUACAGCACAAAGAUCUCAAACUACUGGCCACCUGCUUAUCACCAUGCUCAAGGUGCAUGGAGAAGUAAAAGUAAAAAAAGCAACUCAUAAACUAACCAGUGGUAGCUACUUAGGAAAUGGGACUUCAGAGACCUCAAAGGAAAAGGGCAGGGUGAUUUCUGGUUGUCAGAGAUUAGAAGUUGACCCCAGCAAAAGCUUUGCUGUACAAUUGGCCAACAUUGUCCCUAAAGAAAACCACACUUCUCAUGGUCCCCUGCAGCUCUCCUGGCCUUGUCGAUCCCAAGAGAAGCCUGUCUCGAAAGACUUUGUCGAUGACCCCGAAGUGCCCCCUCUCAUGUGAGAAACACAAAGAAAGGAAGAAUUUGAGAGAAUGCAUGUAACUGUGUAUAAACAGUACUUGAUAGCAGUUAUAAAUUCCAGUUUUGGACACUCCAGGCACUGAAUGUUUUGGAAUUUUGCUAAUCAAUUCACCAAGACUUAUUAAACAGUUCAAAAGCAGAGUUGUGUGAACAGUGAAAAUCAUGAGAUUCCCAAACUUUGAGGAUCAUUGGUGUAAGUGUAUGAGAUAUUUGGAAAGUCAGCAUGUAGACUGACUAUUGUUACAACAAAUGGUAAAAUAUUGGUGGUUUAGAGGUUUAUAGGGGUUAGUCUGUAGGGGGCAGAUUUGGGAUGGUAAAAAUGACUCUAAUUUUAAUACCAAAACUGUGAACAGUAGUAUUCAGACCUCAAAUGUACAGACCUCAAAUGUAACAACUGAAAACAGUCAUGUCUCAGAUACAGUUACAAUCAAAAUUAUUCAACCCCUAUUGCAAAUCAAGUUUAUUGUCAAAAUCUACAGACUUUCAGCUGUUUGCAAUGAACAAAUCAAAUAAAAGCAACUGAAAUAGUUCAACACAACGAAUGCUUCAAGUGGUUUCCCCAAAUUCAACUGAAAAUGCAACUUAUAAUGACUUCUCCAGUUUCAAAAUUAUUCAACCCCCUGAAUAGAAUCCCUCACAAUAGCACAAAUAUGCAAAACAUGUGUUGUCUCAAGCAUACCUGAUGCAACUAAUCAAGGGCUACAUUAGUUGCACCAGGUGUGCUUGAGCUGAAACACAUGAUAUACCUGAACUGGCUAGGGGCAAAAAAUCAUGACAAUAAACUUGAUUUGCAAUGGGGGUUGAAUAACCUUGAUUGCAACUGUACACAUAAUUCUGACCUUAUACUUAAGCAUAUUAAGAUUCACUGUCUUACAGUUUGAUAUAACCACUAUGUCAUGCUGAACUUUAUAUUUUGGGCUGUAAAUACAUUCAAUAAAUCUAUGGAUUGCCAAGUGGGGCCAAUAUUAAAUACAUAAAUACAAUGACUAUUAAUUACCUAAGUGUAUAGUCCCUUUAAAGACCACAGAAAGGACUUUCAUUCACACUAGGAUCAGAACAGGUGUGAGUUGCACAUGUAUAGUAUAGUGAUAGAAUGGAAUUCCAUUUGUUCACCAAAUUGAAAUCCCGUAGCAUUUUGUUAUCUCAAAGAUGCACACCAGAAUUGGGUUUUCCUUUUGUAGAGCAUUCACACCAGUGGGAAGAAGUCACCAGAACUUUUAUUUGUUCACACCAUAAAAUGCAGAUUGGAAUUGGACCAAGAAGAUCCAGUUGCUCUGCGUUAGGUUUACACUGGGAGAAUGUCGAAGUGGAUUUUUUUCUUUUCCUGUACUUUUUCUGGGCCAGUGAGUUAAGGGUCAGAUGAAUAAAAUAUGAAAAUGUCACUGAACAGUCAGCCAAUCUGAAUUAUUUACACUCCUCUGUCCCAUUCCCAUCACUGUGGAAUGAAAAUCAGAUCUGAACUAAGGUUGUUGUUUUUUUUAUAUGUAUAUUUUACUUUGUCUCUCAUGAUUUCUGAAUGCCAUCCCCAUUUCCCACUCAUCUCAGACAAUUUUAUUUGCCCUUCCCUGA